CCUGACGAUUAUUUUCGCAUCCUACAUCUCUCCUCGAAUCUCAAUCAUCUGUAGAUGGCUUGAUCGAAUCUCUACUUCAUUUUGCGCUCUCGCUUAAGAGCCCUCAAGGCCGACUACUUCCUCAGCCACUUCAGCUGCUGCCGCCUGCGACCUUGAAGGGCCUACGUCCACCCCCUCCCUGCCCUCCACCUUCAUUCGAUCAUACCACGUCGACGACCCUUCCUGUGUCACCUUCUUAUCCUACACCUCGCGGCAAGAUGGAGCAAUGUCCGGACGAGGUCCUUGUCAAGAUCUGUGGUCGUCUGAAUUUUGAGAGCUUGGCAAACCUGCGCCUUGCUAACAAGCGUCUUGCUGAAAUCGGAGCUGAAGCUUUGGUUACAAAAGUUCGUUUCCAUUGCAGUCAAAGCUCUCUUCAGCGCCUCCAUGCACUGGCUACCCACGAUGUCUUCUGCAAAUACGUGGACACGGUAGUCUUUGAAGGCAAUAUCCUGGCAAACAUUGGCUGCAUCCACGCCUAUUCCGCCCACUUUGAAUUGGAGCAUCACAAGAAUGAAACACCACAGCCUCCUCCAAGAAAUGCUUCAGCACGCGAGAAGAGACUCUUUGAACGAAACCUACUCAAAUUUCAGAAGGAGAUCGAGGAUAAAUAUGACCGCUACCACGAUGUCUUUGAAGCCCAGCAGAGCUUGAUCACAGGCACUGCCUACGCCGACUUGCUUGACCCAAGCAUCAACCGCUUUCCACGAUUGAACAAGAUGGCGCUCAACACUGUCGGACGAUGCAAACAUAUGCUUUCGGAGAGAUUUCUCGAGACCUUUGCUGUCGACUGUGCGAUGCCCAUCGAAGGUGAUACUCAGCAUACCAAAGAACAACUCAAGCACUUGCUUCUGCCACAAGACCGACCAUUAACCACUCUUCGUGAGCUGUUGGUCCACGUCGUCAGUCCGAAAUUCUUCUCUGGCUACGUGCCUCGCGACAUGCUUUGCCAAGCAUUCAAAAACCUCAAGAUCGUGGAGCUUGGGCUACGCCUCGAACGAGAUGACAGUCUUGGUUGGGGUGAUAUCUUGCCUGCAGACCGCUGCUAUGGGGACCUACGUAAAGGAUACCUCUGCGAUGCCUUAGGUGCUGCUACAGGCUUGGAAAAGCUCACCGUCAAUUUCGAGGAUUACGGUUAUCAAGGUCCCUGCGCCGACAUGAAGAUUAUUCUAGGAGAGCAUUCUUGGCCAAGCCUCACCCACUUGGACAUAGAUUGCAUGUCGACGACCCAGGAUUAUCUUAUUGCUAUGUUGAAGCGCCAACCGUCUCUUCACAAUUUCAAGCUGGGAUUCAUUACUCUUGAGAAAGGUACCUGGACAGAAGCAACUCGACUCUUCCGAAAAGAGCUGAAACUCGGCUACUUUACUGCGCAUGGUAUCUUGGAAGAUUCGGAACAGAUGCACCCAAUGCAUUUCAUCGAUGCAGAAGCAUAUACCGAAGACUUUGUAGAGAUGACUAUGGCCGAUUCGCUCGAUGUCUACGUGACUGGUGGAUGGGGCCUUGAAGCGGAAGUUGGGGACGACGACUUUCACCCACUCGAGCAGGACGAUUUCGCAGAUCCUGACGACCUCCGCAAUGAGUACGGGCCUUUUUCUGAUGAUGAUCUCGACCAUGAAAUCGACUCCGAGUCGUCAGACAUGGAUUGCAGCGCCUAGCGGCUGUCCUAAGGUUCCAACUUCAUCGACACUGGUUCAGCAUACCAUACGAGCUUACGACUUUCACUCACUACCUUGUACAUUAUGAAGAGUUGCAUUUUACGAGAAACGGACGACAGCGGAUACCCAUCAAUUUCGGUGUUUUAUGGUUAUGUUUUCAAAAAAUCCCUUUUCGGUUCAGGCGUGUCGGCCUCGAUUAUCACCAUGCAUCGGGAGAAAGAUCAUGCUUUUGUGGGAAGGUCGAACAAAGUGUGCUGCGACCAUAGUCAUGUGUAUGAAUACACAACAGAACUGGCUCUAGAUAUCGCGCUUUUGAGUCUGGAGAGACUGCUGUAGAUUUCAAAAUGAG